GAUAACAAACGAACGGCAUGGUCAAAGCCAUUAGUUAUAUUUUAUAAAAUUACAGUCGUUGAACGUGCUUAGUAACACUUUCAACGAAAUCUUUUUUAAAAUUGAUAUGGAAAGAAAAUUUCAACAAUUAAAUUAAACAUUAUAGAUAUUAAGACUUUCUACAUCUAUUAAUCAUGAAAGUAAAAAAAAAAAAUCAUGUUGUUAUCAGUUCAGAUCAAAAGUUUGUGUUCAAAUCUAGGAAAGCAGAGCGUAAGGCAAAACGGCAAUCGAAAAAACAAAAAAAACAACACUUGCCUCAAGCUCUAGAAUCAGAAAGUCAGAGUGUUAAGUUAAAAAAGAAAAAACUUCCAACUAAAAUAUCAACGUCAGUUGACUGGCGAGUAGCAGAAAGAAAUAAAGAAAAAGUUGAAGAGUUAAAAUUACAAAAGCAGUACAAUAAAAAUCGACGUGAACAAAUGAAGCAGGCAAAUGUUGACGAAGAUAAAGAAAUCAAAAAAUUAUCAAAGUAUUUAAGACUUGAUAAAAGAAAAACUUUUGGAAAAUCAUUUAUUGAAGAUGGACUAGAUUAUUUAUUGGAUGUUUGUGAUCCGGAAACUAGGAAAAAUUGUGCCACGCUCAAAGAAAGUUUACUUGAUAUAGAUUCAAAUUUUGAAGAUGAUUUUAACACAAUAAAUUCUUUAAAAAGAAAAAAUACUAAGGCUCAAAAUGAAGAAAACAAGAAAAGUAAAAAAGUUACUUUUGAUGAAGAAAUAAAUCACGAAGAGACUUUUGAAUAUGAGUAUGAUGAAAAUAAACUUGAAGAAGAAUCUGACCUAGAUGAUAUGUCAAAUGAUGAUAUUAGUGAUUUAAAUAGCGAAAACGAAAAUUUUUCAAAUGAAGAAUUUAUGAAUUCCAAUGAGGAAGAAAAUUUUAAUAGUGAUAAUGAUAAUAAUUAUGUUAAUGAUUUUAAAGAUGUAAACAAUAUUAAUAAGUCUAAUAAAAAUGUUUAUAAUCAUAAAGAAGAUAUUUAUGGACGAAUAAGAAAUUCUGAUGGCACUAUUAUAGAAAAUUCAUCAGUUUAUGUGCCCCCGCAUCUAAGGAAAAAAGAUGUUCAUGAAUCUGAACAACUUAAGCGUCUUAGACAACAGAUCAAGGGUUUGUUAAAUAGACUUGCUGAAACUAAUAUGCACUCCAUUAGUAGACAAAUUGAAGAUUUAUAUCAAGUUAAUAGCCGUAAUGACAUGAAUGAAACAUUAUAUCAGUGUAUUUACAAUUCUGUAGUUCAAUCUCAAUGCAUAACACCCUAUAGAAUUAUUGUCGAAUCUUCAACACUAAUAACAAUUUUACAUACAAAUGUUGGUAAUGAAGUAGGUGCAUUCUUUUUACAAAAUUUAGCGAAUAAAUUGAAUGAAUUAAAUGAAAGUAAAAUUGUAAAAAUAGAAGAUAAAACUAUAGACAAUAUUGUGUUACUUUUAUGUUGCAUGUAUGCUUUUAAAGUAUUUCAUAAUGGAUUUAUUUUUGAGAUCUUAGACAAGUUUCUAAUGAAAUUUGAAGAAAAACAUAUUGAUCUCAUUUUAAGUAUAUUAAGAACUAUUGGAUUUAAUCUUAGAAAGGAUAACCCAAUGUUAAUUAAGAAGCUAUUAUUAGAUAUACAAAAAAAAAGUUCAGAUUUUUGUAAAUCAACUGACAACAAUUCAAGAGUAAAAUUUAUGCUAGAAAUUUUGCUAGCUAUUAAGAAUAAUAAUGUUAACAAAAUACCUACCAGCUCAGAACAGUGCUAUGCUGUGUAUAUUGAACACAUACAAAAAACAAUUCGAACAUAUUUUAGAUACAAUAAGACACCAGCUGAGUUAGCUAUAUCAUUUGAAGAUUUACUUAAUGCUGAAAACAAAGGUAGGUGGUGGAUUGUUGGUUCAGCUUGGAAAGGGAUGGAGCAGACAUCAAAAAACUUGCCUCAAAAAACUACAGAUAUUUAUGAUAAAAAAUUAUUAGAGUUAGCAAAAAAAUAUAGAAUGAAUACUGACACCAGGAAAAAUAUUUUUUGUAUUUUAUUUACUGCAGAGGAUUAUUUAGAUGCAUUUAAUAAGCUUAUUCGCUUAGGAUUAAAAGGACCCCAGCAAGAAGAAAUUAUUAGUGUACUAAUACAUUGUUUAUUAGUUUAUAAGACUUACAAUCCUUUUUUUGGUUUCAUAGCUCAACAGUUGUGUGAAUCAAAUAGAAAAUUUCAAGCAUUUUUAAAACGCUCAAUAAAUGUUCGUUUGGAAGAAAUUUCUGAUUUAAAAAAAAGACAACUUCCAAUAUUGGCUUCAUUUUUAGCUCAUUUGUUACGCAGUCAUUCAUUACCAAUAACAGUUUUAAAGAAUAUAGAUUGGGGAAGUUUAAAUAAGUUAAUGGUAAGCUUUAUUAGACAAACUCUGAUCAAAGUAUUGCAAGAUCUUGAUGAUGAAGAAACUGCAAAUAUCUUUGUAAAAGCAUCAAAAAAUCUUGAACUACAUUUUUUCCGAGAAGGAUUGACAUUAUUUUUAAGCCAUUUUCUUGUAAAAAAUGCAGUCAAAAAUAUUGGUGAAGAUAAAUUAGCAUUGUUAACUAAGAGAGUAAAAGCUGCUCAAGCAGCUCUGAACCGCAGUUAAAAAAGUUGUCAAUAUUUUGUAGAAGCCCUGAUUGAAAUGAUACUAAUUGGAUUUUGACCUAUAUCUAAUAGCAUUAAAUAUAUUGAUGUCUGGUUAUUUUA